GUCUGCCGUUUCUUGACAAAAAUGGCAACCAAUGAUGCUAUUCUGAAGAGACUGGAACAGAAGGGGGCUGAGGCAGAUCAAGUUAUUGAGUAUCUUAAACAGCAAGUUGCUCUUCUUAAGGAGAAAGCAAUUUUGCAGACAACUUUGAGAGAGGAGAAGAAACUUCGAGUUGAAAAUGCUAAAUUGAAGAAAGAAAUUGAAGAACUGAAACAGGAGCUAAUCCAGGCUGAAAUUCUAAAUGGAGUAAAACAAAUACCGUACCCAUCUGGUACUCAAGUGGAAACUAAUUCUACACAUUGUGAAAAUGUCAUACAGUCUACACCAAUAACAACCAUAUCUUCUGAUGCCAAAGAACAGAUAAAUGGAGGAGGAGGAGAAGAAAAGAAGGUGAAAGAGAAAAUUGAGAAGAAAGGAGAGAAGAAAGAGAAAAAACAGCAGCAGCCAGUAGCAGGAAGUGCUGAAUCUAAGCCAAUAGAUAUUUCCCGUCUGGAUCUUCGAAUUGGUUGUAUCAUUACUGCCAAAAAACAUCCUGAUGCAGAUUCUUUGUAUGUAGAAGAGGUAGAUGUUGGAGAAACAGCUCCAAGAACAGUUGUCAGUGGCCUGGUGAAUCAUGUUCCUCUUGAGCAGAUGCAAAAUCGGAUGGUAGUUUUACUUUGUAACCUGAAACCUGCAAAGAUGAGGGGAGUACUAUCUCAAGCAAUGGUGAUGUGUGCCAGUUCACCAGAGAAAGUCGAAAUCCUGACUCCUCCUGAUGGAUCUGUUCCUGGAGACAGAAUUACUUUUGAUAAUUUCCCAGGAGAACCUGACAAAGAGCUGAAUCCUAAGAAGAAGAUUUGGGAGCAAAUCCAGCCUGAUCUUUAUACUAAUGCAGAAUGUGUGGCUACAUACAAAGGAGUCCCCUUUGAGGUGAAAGGGAAGGGAGUGUGCAAAGCUCAAACUAUGAGCAACAGUGGAAUCAAAUAAAAUAAAAUGCUUCAGUUACUGAAAUUGAUUGGACAACAUUUUAGUAACAAUAAAAAGGAAUAUAUUUGUCACAAGUACCUCAAAAUAUGACUGGUUCAUUUCUGUGUUACUUCUCUUGUAGGCUCAAUUACUAUGUAUAUUAUACCUGGUAUACAUUGUUUU